GUGGACCACGAAACUAUGAAUUCAAGGAUGGAAAUCAAGUUUUAGUAAUUCCAAAAUAUGAUUCCAAUCAUGAUGAUGGCCAAUACACUUGCAGUGUAGCACAAUUUUACUCUUUCGAAACUGUUACUAUUAAUGUUACCGGAUAUGCACGUCCGAAAAUAGUAGUACUUGAUGGAUCGGAAACAACGUAUGGUAUCGAAGGUCGUGAUUUCGUGAUUCGAUGCCAAGCUGUCGGCAAACCUAAGCCUUUUUAUCAAUGGAUAAAAUAUGCUGAUGGAGAUGAGGAAAUCAUUGUGCUUUCCGAGAAAUAUGAUAUAAAUGAUGGCACUCUUAUAAUUCGAGAUUUAAUCCCUGCAGAUCGUGGUACAUAUAGUUGUAUUGCUAAAAAUGCUCUGGAUGAAGCACGACUCGAUUUCAACUUAACAGUUUUCAGUAAACCAAGGUUAAAAUUGAUGAAGAAUUUGACAAUUACACGUGGUGAUACGGUCAAAUUGGUAUGCGAAUUUAGUGGUGAUGGAUAUUUGAAAGCUAAGUGGUUACAUCUUGGACAGGAAUGGUCAAGUAGAUCAAUCAAUCAAGAUGAACGAAUUUUAAAUUUUAAUUCAAGUUCACUCAAUAAAUAUAAUGCUGUUGCUGAUAACAAUUUAAGUACCGGAAAUAGUGCUGCUAUGGAUAAUCGUAUAACGGUUAACGAAGGUAAUGGUAUUAUUAUUUUAACAUUGACAACUGUUGAUGAAGAUGAUGCUGGUCAGUAUCAAUGUGUAGCAGAAAAUGAGGCUGGAACAGAUCAAGGCUCUAUAUUCUUAUCCAUUAUUCAUGCUGCACGAAUUGUUGAUCAUAGUGGAACAAAACGUGCCUUAAAGGGUGAUGUAGCGAUGAUUCAUUGUGGUGCAAGUGCUGUUCCGGAACCGGUUUGGACAUGGACUGGUCCAUCCGGUACCAUUUAUGCGGAUGGUUCAAAGUAUAUCCUCGAUACUCGAACUGUUACAACAACUCUCACUAUACGAGAUGUCAAUCAGCAUGACUUUGGUAAGUAUAUCUGUAUGGCUGAUAAUGGUAUUGGUCCACCGGAUCACGCUGAACUUCGUUUAAUUGAAAUUUUACCUCCACUAACACCAACUAAUCUAAAUUGUCAUGAGCAUGGUUAUCCAAAUUUUGGUAUAUGCACUCUUGGUGAAUUGAAAAAUUCACCGCCUGGAAAAUUGCCAUCAAAUAUUACAUUUUAUAUCGUACCUGAAGAUAAGGCAAGUAGAGACAAUGAUGAAAUGAAUGCCAUGAAUGUAACAUUUGAAUUUGAUGGUGAGCAUGAAUUUAAAUUUCAUCAUUUGAAACCGAAAAGCAGGUACAAAAUUCAAGCUCAAGCGAUCAACGAAGCUGGUGUGUCAGAAAUGAGUGCUCCCGAUAUCAUGGAAACUACGAGUCCAUGGGUACCAGAUGCACCGACCGAUAUACAUUACGAUUGUUCGAAAGUUUGUAAAAUGGUUUGGAAUGAGCCAAAUAAUCGUGGUUCACCAAUUAUUGCAUAUAAAUUAAUUCUGAAAGAAAUUGCACAUGCUGAAAUGAAACAUUACGAUGCAGAAAAUUUUGAGCUCGAUUUAAGUGCCGAUGAUCUCAAAGUGGAUUUAUCAUUCCUGAAACCACUUACAACCUAUGAGGUAAAACUAAUUGCUGUAAAUGAUGUUGGUAAUAGUAAUGCUCAUUCAUUUGUGCUCAAUACAUCCGAAUAUGUGGAAGGUGGACGCCAUGAUGAUGAUUCCAGUUGGUUGGCAAUUUUGUUGUUAAUCAUUUUAUUGCUUAUAUUGUUAGCUCUUAUCAUAGAUGCUAUGUGCUGUUUAAAGCGACAUCGUGGAUUUUUAGCACUAAUUUGUUCAGCAUUCUUUGAAUCUGAUCAAAAAGAGCAUGGCGAUAAAUCAAAAAACGGAUUACAAAAUGAUAAAACUGAAAAUAAUCACUUACUGAUAGAUGAACGAAAUAGUUCACCGAUUGCUAUGAAGUAUGUUCAUUGA